CAGAAGCAGGCAGCCACCUCCUUUACACCGGGACACUGAGGAGACUGCAGCUGGGAAAAUGGCUGGGCCAAAACCACGUAUCAUUACUCUGACCAAGCGAGAGGGUCAGGGCUAUGGCUUCUACCUCCGAGUGGAGCACGGCGAGGAGGGUCACCUGAUCCGAGCCCUGGAGAUGGGCGGCGCGGCUGAACUGGCCGGUCUGAAGGACGGAGACCGCAUAGUCAGAGUCAAUGGAACUUUUGUGGACAUUUUGGAGCACAGCCAGGUUGCAGAUUUGGUGAGAAAGAGUGGGAUGAGCGUCACAUUGCAUGUCCUUGGAGAAGAGGCAUAUAAGACUGCCAAAGCCAACGGUGUGAAUCUUGCUGACACUCAGUCCCAGUCAGGUCAGAGCCAGCCCACCAUGAAUGGAGUGUCUGCACCAGCCGCUAAAGCCAAGCUUUGUUAUCUGCAAAAAUCCAGCAGCGGAUUUGGUUUCUCUUUAAAGUCCACCAAAGGUACUAAGGGCAUAUUCAUGACAGAAGUGAUGUCUGGAGGAGAAGCUGAUCAGGCCGGUGUGAAACUUGAUGAUCGUAUAGUGGAGAUAAACAGUGAGAAUGUUGAGAGUCUCUCACAUGAUCAGAUUGUGCAAAAGGUGAAAGCAACCGGGGACAAAGUGAUGCUUCUGUUGGUGGAUGAGGACGCUGACAGAUUCUUCAAAGGCAAAGGCAUUCGACCAAGCACGGCUUAUGCCACUGUCAAGCACCUCCCGCAUAAGCCACGCAUUGCAGACAUGACCAAGAGAGCAGAUGGCUAUGGCUUUAUCCUGAAGGAAGUUCCUAAACAUGCAGGCCAUUAUAUUGGAGAAAUAGACAAAGGCAGCCCUGCGGAGCGAGCGGGACUGAAGAAUAUGGACAGACUAGUGGCCGUAAAUGGGCAGGAAACAGAUAACUGCAGACAUGAACAGGUGGUGGAAAAAAUAUCACAACAAGGAAACAAGUGCUCCCUCCUUGUGCUGGAUGCUGAAACAGAGAAAAUGUACAAAUUGGGUGGUGUUUCUCCACUUCUGUACUGGGAGGAAAUGAGAGGAUCUCCGCCCAGCUAUCCUGAGCAUGAAGCUGAAGCCACACCUGCUCCAGCGGCACUUGCUCCAGCAGAUGGGGACCACAAACCCAAACUGUGCCGGCUGGAGAAGGCCGCUGCUGGAUUUGGUUUCCAUCUCAAUGGCAUCCAGGGACUUCACGGACAGUACAUCAAAGAGGUGGUGAAAGAUGGAGCAGCAGACAGAGCCGGAUUGGAGGAUGAUGACAUUGUUGUGGAGGUGAAUGGGGUGAAUGUGGAAAUGAGCACACAUGAGGAGGUUGUGAACCUCGUCCGCAAGAGCGGGGACACGCUGGUCCUCCUAGUGGCUGAGAGGACAGCCUAUGAUCAUCUGAAAGCACGAGGGAUCGCCAUCACCCCUCAGCUGCUGGAUAAAGAGCCCUCCGCUGAUGUCCCGGCACCAGCCUACGCACAGGAGGACGAGAGGAAAGAUACAGGAAGUGACAACGAAAGGCCGGCCACUCCACCUGCUCAAACCCGGUCAAGGUCAUCGUCGUCUUCAUCCUCUUCAUCGUCAUCAUCUUCAGCAUCUUCAGCAUCAGAUGUGAGUGAGGACGUGAAACUCUGAGCACACCACACUUCUGUGCCAACAGAUACUUCCAAUACUGUGAUUUAGUGACAGGUUAAUGCACUUACCUGAUCAGCUAGUACAAUCUAUUAAGGGGGGAAAUGCCCCUUUGAACAAGAGACUGUAAUAUCACUGAUUAAAGAAUAUUUUCGAUGUGAAUUUACAAAGCUAUUAGUGACAAUAUCAAAUGUAACAGAUUAUUUCUGUACUGCUUUCAUUGGGAUCUACAACAGCAAUGAUCUAUUUGAACUGGCUUUUUAUGCUUGUGGUACAUGGAAUAUAAAAUUGCAAGUAGUUAUGGUCUUUCGGGCAAUGCAUACUUCUUGAUAUAUAAUUUAUUCUACAGAAUGUUUUGUCAUUUUCUCAUGGA